CAGGCCUUCUCACAACACAGGACUCAAACAUGGCAGCAAGGGCGGGGCCUUCGAAUAUACGUGCUCCUCAUUGGACAGUUCGUGGAGGGCAGCAGCAGCGUCCCGGAUUGACGAAAGUUUUACUUAGCAGAAAGUGUUCUUGUAAGGACAUGGCUUGGAUGACUUCGUGUUCUGUGCAGUGCAAGCAUCUUUGGGAGGACAACUGGACACCUCAGAAGCACGAAAUGUUUUACUUAGCAGAAAGUGUUGUUGUAAGGACAUGGCUUGGCGACUCCGUGUUCUGCCGAGUGCAGGCAUCUUUGGGAGCACAACUAAAUACAUCAGAAGCACGAAAUGGUCCAUAGGAAGGACACCUUGAUCCAUCCAUCAGAAGCAGGAAAUGCAAAGAAUAUUCCCCUGAGCACCUGUUUGGGUGACUGUGUGUUCUGCUGACUGCAGGAGUCUUCAGGAGGACAUCUAGACACAUCAGAUGCACAAAAUGGAGCCAGUGACCUUUGAGGAUGUGGCUGUGAAGUUCACCUCAGGCGAGUGGGCUUUGUUGGAUUCCAGUCAAAAGAAGCUCUACAAAGAUGUGAUGAAGGAAACAUUUUUGAACCUGACCUUCAUAGAGAAAACACUAGAAGAAAAUAUUGAAGAGGACUACAAAGACCUCUGCAGAAAUCUGGGAACUCAGGUGGUUGAGAAAGACUGUGGAUAUGAGUGUGAUAGUCAGUGUGAUGAAAUCCAGGAACCAAUUUCAGAAAAUAAAGACAUGCCUUCUGCAAUAAGAAUUUGUGAAAGCCAAGCAAAUGUAAGAAACAUCAUUGUUCAUUCAUCCUCACAUGUGUGUCCAAGAAACCAAACUAGAGUGAAACAGCCUGAAUAUAUGGAAGCUGUGGCAAAGGCUUUCAGACAUGAGAAACAUUGGAAAGAUAUCAUUCAUUCUGAGUCACUUCAGGUACUUGAAACUUCUACAGAGAAAUCCCAUAAAAAUCAACAAUGUAAUGAAGCCUGUAGGAGUCUCACUUCUGAUAAGCCUCAGGAGAGAACUCAGACCAAAGAUAAGUUCCAUGUGGGAGUCUUAAAGAGAUACAAAUAUGGCCAGAAAGAUAAAGGGAUCCAUACAGGAGUGAAACCAUUUGCGUGUAAGCAUUGCAAAGAAGCUUUCAUUGACUCCAGUGACCUCAUCAACCACCAAAAAAGUCAUAUUGGAGACAAAAAUUACAUUUGUAAGCUCUGUGGGAAAACAUUUAAAUAUGCUUCAUGUUUUGAGAAACAUAAAGUAAGUCACAGAGGAGAGAAGCUUUAUGCAUGUAAGUAUUGUGGAAAAGGCUUUACCCGCUCCUAUGGUCGUAACAUUCAUGAAAGUAUUCACACCGGAGAGAAGCUUUAUACCUGUAAGCAUUGUGGAAAAAGCUUCACCAGUCCCACUUAUUUUAAAAUUCACGAAAGAAUUCACACUGGAGAAAAACCUUACGCAUGUAAAUAUUGUGAUAAACCCUUUGCCAUUUUGAGUUCUCGUAAUGCUCAUGAAAGAGUUCACACUGCUGGGAAGGCUUAUAUAUGUAAGCAUUGUGGAAAAGCCUUCACCAGUUCUAGUUGGCGAAAUGUUCAUGAAAAGGGUCACACUGGAGAGAAGCCUUAUGCAUGUAAGUAUUGUGGAAAAACCUUCUUUGGAUCUAGUUCUCGUAACUGUCAUGAAAGAAUCCACACUGGGGAGAAAUCCUUUGUUUGUAAAACAUGUGGGAAAAUGUUCCUUCUCUCUCAUCAUCUUACCAGCCAUGAGAGAAUUCACACAGGAGAAAAACCGUAUGCAUGUGAGCUUUGUGGAAAAACCUUUACCAGUUCAAGGUGGCGUAAGACUCAUGAAAGAAGUCACAAUUUAAAGAAGCCUCAUUUUACAUGUAAGCAUUGUAGAAAGGCUUUCACCAGUUCAAAGCUCUGUGUUACUCAUGAAAGAACUCACACUAGAAAGAAGCUUUAUGCAUGUAAGUUUUGUGGGAAAACCUUCACCAGGUCCACUCACCGUAACACUCAUGAAAGAACUCACACUGGAGAGAAGCCUUAUACAUGUAAGCAUUGUGGAAAAGCCUUCCCUAGUUCUUAUUAUUGUAACAUUCACGAAAGAUCUCACACUGGAGAGAAGCCUUAUGCCUGUAAGCAAUGUGGGAAAACUUUCACUAAUUCCACUUGCCGUAACGUUCAUGAAAGAACUCACACUAGAAAGAAGCUUUAUGCAUGCAAGCAUUGUGGGAAAACCUUCACCAGGUCCACUUACCGUAACACUCAUGAAAGAACUCACACUGGAGAGAUGCCUUAUAUGUGUAAGCAUUGUGGAAAAGCCUUCCCUAGUUCUUAUAAUCGUAACAUUCAUGAAAGAUCUCACACUAGAGAAAAGCCUCAUGCCUGCAAACAAUGUGGGAAAACCUUCACCAGGUCUACUUACCGUAACAUUCAUGAAAGAAUUCACAGUGGAGAGAAGCUUCAUACAUGUAAGCAUUGUGGGAAAACCUUUGUCACUUCCACUACGUGUAAAAUUCAUGAAAGAUCUCACACUGGAGAGAAGCCAUAUGCAUGUAAGCAUUGUGGUAAGACCUUUACCCUUUUGAGUUCACUUAAUACUCACAAAAUAAUUCACACUGGAGAGAAGCCUUAUGCAUGCAAGCAUUGUGGAAAAUUCUUUACCCGCUCCAGUUAUCGUAAUAUUCAUGAAAGGGGUCAUACUAGAGAGAAGCCUUAAGCAUGUAAGCAUUGUGGAAAUACCUUUGUCAAUUUCAGUUGGUGUAAUGCUUCUGAAAGAAGACUGGAGAGAAAGCCUUUAUGUGUGGGGAAACUCUUGAUGAUCUUACAUUCAUGAAAGAAUUCAUACUGGAGAGAAGCCUUAUGCAUGCAAGCAUUGUGGAAAAACCUUCAGCUGCACUUGUCAUAAGAAUCAUGAAAGCUGUCACACUAGAAAGUAUAUAAUACAUUGGGGCAAAGCCUUCACAAAUUCCACGUGCCAUAGGAGUCAUGAAAAUAUUCACACUGGAGAAAAACCACUUAUAAAACAUGGGAAACUGUUUCUUUGCUCUCAUUUUAUCAAGCACAAAAGACCUCACAGUGGGGAGGAACAUUCUUAAUGUUACCAUUAUGAGAAGCCUUUAAUGCUUCCAGUUUCUGUAGCAUACAUGGAGCAACUUACACUGGGGAGAAGCCUUGUGCAUGUAAUCACCUUACAAAAGCUUUCAUCAGUUCCAUUUGCUGCAACAUUCAUUCAUAAAGAAUUCACCCUGGAGUGAAACUGUACAUGUGUAACCAUGUGAAAGCUGUGUUUUGACAAUUGUAUGCACAUUUCCAAAUGGAGAGAGAGAGAGAGAGAGAAAUGAGUAAAAUAAAAUGUUCAAAGGAAUGGAGACGCUAACAAAUACAGUGUUUUAAAUGUGGAAAGAAACAGAUUGUGAGACCCUUUAAAACCAAUUUUAACUCAGUAUUUUAGCAUAUAUAGGAGGAAAGCCACUUGCAGUGUAUGUAAUAAUAUGAGGAUAUAUAUAUAUAUAUAUAUACAUAUAUAUAUAUGUAUGUAUGUAUGUAUACACACACACACACACCCCUAGGCUUUGAAUACAAGUGUAGUAGUGGUCCGAGUGAGAAUGGCCCCUGUAGGCUCAUAAAUUUUGAUACUUUGUUCUCAAUUCAUGGAACUCUUUGAGCAUGAUUAGGAGGUAUGGUGUGUUGCAGAAUAUCUUUUACUCUAGGAAAGUUUUGAAGUUUCAAAAGAAACUGAAACUCCCAGGGUUUUCUCCCUGCCUCCUGACUAUGGAUUAAGAUGUGAGCUCACAGCUGUUCCUGCCACCAUGCCUUUGCUAUGCCAUUGUGGACACUAACCCUCUGUAACUGCAAGGCCAAUGUAAUAUUUCCUUUUAAAAUCACAUUAACAUUUGAUUGGUCACAGCUAUAGAAAAGAAGCUCUGACAACCAACUUGGAGCUUUAACAAAAACCAAAUUCAAACAAAAGAAAUUAUUAUUGUAAAAUUAUGAAAUGGCUUUGUUUCAUUUUAAAUGAUAUAAAAUUUUUGUAACUUUUUUAUGUAGUUAAAUCUUAUAUCAGAAAUACUUUGUGGAAGUUAGUCCAGAAUAUUUUAGAAAUAAACAGCUUGAAAGAAGCACAAAUUCUGAGCAUUUUUAUUAUUGUCCCAUUCCUACACAGGAGUUUUACAUUUCAUUAUGCCUUUAUUAGGAAGGUAAGAUGUGGCUUUUCUGAUUACUCUAGGUUAUAUUUUCACAUCUGAAGACAUGGAGGUAGGAAUUGCAGAGGAGAGAUGAUAAAUGACAUUUAUCUUUGGGUCUGACUUACCAGUUGGUGAAACUGCUGAGAAGGAUAAGAUGAUAUGGCCUGGUUGGAGAGGGUGUGGCACUGGGAUGACUUUGAGGUUUCCAUGGAGCUAGAGUUUUCCUGCCUUGGCAAUGCAAGUUUCCAGCAUUUCCAUGCACUUACUGUUUUAAAUUAGUCCUAUUUUGCGUUGAACUUUCCUAUCAUGAUGGAAGCUCUUAGUUACUGCCCAGGACUAUGCUUGUUUGCCUACUGUUAUGUUUCCUGCCUUGAUAGUCAUGGACUCUCAACUUCUGAAAGUGCCAUUACAUGUUUUCUUUCAUAAACUGCUUUGAUCACCUGCUACGCCCACAGCUGUUACACCUGUGUAGCUGUAGCAAAGCAUGCCGCUGCGUUGGGGCCCGGCAGCUGAAGGGUUGAGGUUAGAGCUUCCUGGAGCGAGGCCUCAAGCCGUUCCCCCACAAUCAGCAGUCGUCAUGCAGCCUGAGGAUUCCAGGAGGCCCUGGAGGACAAGAUGGCCUUGGUGACGAUCCUUGUUGGCACUAAUCAUGCUUUUUCUCUGUAUGUCUUAUCUGUGUUGGGGGGCGUUGGUGGACAGCCCCUAGGUGGACCCCUGAGAGUGGAAAUUACCUAGAGCCGCUCCCAUAUACAGGAAGCUAUGAUGAAGUUGGGAAUAGAUGAGUGAAUCAUGAAGGAAAGAAACAACUUUGGAGUGAUUUGCCUUUUAUGGAAAGGCUAGCCAGGACUAGAAAGCCUUGGUGCCUUUAUAGUAAGGAUGAAAGACAGCAGAUCAUAGAAAAUAUGAAGCCAGCCCUAAGGUAUUGGUAUAGAAGGGUAUAUGACAACUGGAAGGAUAAGUGGAUAUAUAGGAGUGAGGAAGAAAUAGAUGAAAUUAUACAAAAGUAUAUAGAGGGUGAGUUAAACCUUGGCUGGUAAAAAUCUGGUUCCCACACAUGUGGUCUUUGGCGCGAGACAGAUUUCACAAAAUUCUGAGAUCAUGCCCUUAAGCAACAACCACAAUGAACUCCAAGCUGCGGAAGUGAUACACAGAAAUAGAUACUGAUGUACUUUGUUAUUGUUUCUUGCUGAUUCUGAGUAAUUGUAAAAGUUAAAAGUCUGAUGUAACCCCCUGCCAAGUUCCUUGAUUGUAAAAGAAUAUAAGCACUGAUUUUGCAGAAGUAAAUCUGCAGCAGCACA